AUGAAGGUUGACACUGCAUUUAGCAUUCUGCUUAUUGUGCUUUUGGACUUCGGAGUUUGUGAAAGACCGAAUAUAGUGAUCAUAAUUGCAGACGACUUGGGCUGGAACGACGUUGGGUUCCACGGCGGAGAUAUUGAAACUCCCAACCUCGAUGCACUGGCUUACCACGGAAUCAUCCUCAACAGACACUACGCCAUGCCUGUGUGUUCUCCAUCAAGAACAGCUUUGAUGAGCGGAGACUACCCACUGAGGCAUGGUAUGCAAGGAACUCCAUGUAUAGCUGGGAUCCAUGAUGGGUUACCAUUGAAUGUCACAAUCAUGCCACAGUAUUUCUCUAAACUUGGAUAUAAGUCACAUCUUGUAGGAAAAUGGCACCUUGGCUAUGAAUCCGCUGAUUACCUUCCUACCAGGAGAGGCUUCGAUUCCUUUUUCGGAUACCUCAAUGGAUAUUUGGGGUACUGGGACUAUACCCACCAUGCAACGGGGAUCGGAGUCGGACGGGACAUCAGACGGAACGAGGAGGGGGUGUGGACGGAGUGCUACGGGAACUACCUGACGGACCUGCUGACCAAGGAGGCGGUGAGGGUGAUAUCGGAGCACCCUGAAGAAGAUGGCCUCCUUCUGGUCCUCAGCCACGCGGCCGUCCACACCACUCACCUGGGUCCGGAGCGAGAGGCCGCCCCCGAUGUGCGCAACCUAACGAACCGCGGCUUCCUCAGGGCAACCGCUGAACGAAUGGACUUGUCCGUCGGGGAGAUGACCAGGGCACUCCACGAGAAAAGACUCCUCAACAACUCCAUCAUCGUAUUCAUAUCGGACAACGGAGCCCCGACAUUCACUAACGUUUAUACCAACUAUGGCUCUAAUUGGCCGCUCCGGGGAGAAAAAGGUUCAGUCCACGACGGAGGAGUAAGAACAGUUGCUGCGAUUUGGAGUCCACUGAUCGAAAAGAAAUCCCGUGUCUCAAAUCAGUACUUUCACGUCACUGAUUGGCUCCCAACACUUUACGCAGCUGCAGGAGGUCAGCCAGAAGACCUCGGAAGCCAGGAUGGGAUUAACCAAUGGGCAUCGCUGUUAUCAUCAUCACCUGGGACGAGGGAUAUGAUCUUGCUAAACAUCAAUGACGCCGAUCAGACUGAAGCAGUGAUUAAAAACAAAUGGAAGCUAAUAAAGAACCACGAUCCUCAGCUGAUGCAGAUCAACAAUGACAUAUAUUACGGUGAAAACGGACGGUGGAUGACCUACGAUGCAAAGAAGUUGAAUAGCAGCGCCGUGGCCCACAUCUUAGGCCCGGUACCCGAGAAUUAUAGACAGCUGCGACAGUCCGCUUCGGUGGACAGCCCUUGCACCGACGAAGCAGCGGCUGCAGCAGAGGACUGCCACACUCGCUACUGCCUCUACGACAUCCUGACCGAUCCUACCGAGUGCUACAACCUGGCUGCCAACAACAGCAAGGUCGUAGCAGACCUCAAGGCGAUCAUAGACAGCUAUAGGCCCAGCGUGGUACCGAGUCCAAUCAAGUUCUUCGACAGCAGGGCGAGUCCCAAGAACUGGAAUGACUACUGGUCGCCAUGGAUGGAAUAG